UCAAAAAGCUAAAAAAAAAAAAUCGCACUGAAGCACUUUAGCUAAGCUAGCUAGCACACUCGCUCUUCUUCAUGUGUGAUUGCUGAGAAUAGCGGAGUGUCAGGACAGGAGCAGUAGUUCAUGGAAGACAAGAAAAGGAAAAAAGACGACAAAAGGAAAAGGGAAGCCUCUCAGAAGGUUACACAACAAAAAAACAAAGUGCCAGAAUUGACCAAGCCGGUGUCAGUCCAGUCUCCUGCCACUCAGAGCAGCUCUGCUUCCCCCAGCCCUGGACCCACCCCCUCUGCCUCCCCAUCUCCAGCCUCCUUGGGCCCUGGCAGUGCUGCCACCCCAUCACAGGGUGGUAACAAUGCCAAGCGCCUGGCAGUGGCCAACGGACAGCCCACCUCCACUACCAGUUCUUCCUCCACCACUGGCGGCACCAGUGCUGCUGGAAACAGCAGUACAAGUAGCGGAGGCGGAGCCCAGGCACAUCAACAGCAACCACGCUACAUGCCAAGAGAAGUACCGCCGCGAUUCCGCGGCCAGGACCAUAAAGUGCUACUGAAGAGGGGUCAGCCGCCACUGUCCUCCAUGCUGCUGGGAGGGGGUGGAGGAGGGGAUGGCCCCAAUCCAAACUCGGCUGCUCUCUCAGAUCCUGGUGCAGCUGCCUCCUCAAUGACCCUCACCUCAUCAUCAGUUGCUGCUUCUACUACUACUUCUAAUUAUGCAAAUUCCAUGUGGGGGGCAAGCUCAGGCAGCCAGGUCUCCUCUCAGGGUAGGGAGAAGGUGAUUGUUGAUGGCAACGACCUGGAGGAGUGGCCUAGCAUUGCUGGCAAUGAUGGGGGAGGAGCUGCUUUUGCCAGAGCUGGAGGGGGCAGCAGUAACAAUGGAAUGUCUUUGAACAGCAUCAGUGCCUCUGGCAACCAAUCCUCAUCCGCUUCCUCGUUCUCUUUGCCCAAUGAAUGUAUGCAGUCAUCCAAUGGUGUGGCAUGGGGAACGUCUGCCUCCCAGGGUCACCUUGGAGGAGGGAAUGCAGUAGUUGCAGCUGGGUCUCUACUACAACAGCCCUCCUCACUUUCCAAAGCCUCCACUGUGCCAGGGAGCCACGAUGCCAGUGGCCCCAUCGAUAGCAGCAGUGGGAUUCCAGGUGCCAACUUCAAUCCAAAUGCCAACCCUUCAGCCUGGCCUUCUCUGGUGCAGCAGGAUGGGCCCACUGCUGCAGGGGAAGGAGGGCCAUCUUCCUUCCAUCACCAGGGCCCUGGAGGGCCUUUGUCUGCCAACAACUCUGCUUCCCUGGGGCUGGGAGCCAGGGCAGUUGGGGUGCUCGGGGGUCACCUACCUUUAUCUGUGAAUCAGUCAAGCACCCAUCAGCACCAACUUCACCAAAUGCAAUCCAGAGACAGAGAGAUGGGAGGGGAGAUGUGGGACAGCGAAUCAGCGGGACCAAAAAUUGCAGUGGGGGAAGGGAAUGGGGGAGGAAUGGACCAUGGUGUAGGAGGUGAGAUGAGUGUGGGAGACCACAGUCUUUCCUCUUCGUGGAGAGGCCAGCCUUCUUACCCUGCAGCUAACUCCAAAACGGGUGCCUCAAGGACUGAUGGGUGGGAGGGCGGAGGAAGUGGAACAAGUGGAUUCAGAGCUGCUGAAGGGGAUACUGGGAACUUGGUUUGGGGGUUUCAGAGUUCUACUAGUGGGUCUAAUGCUUGGGGCAGUGCUGGAACUGAGAAAAAUAGUAGUCAAACCUCUGGGGUAUCUCAGGGAGGGUGGGCGUCAUCAGGAGUAGGGGAGAGGGGGGUUUCUGAUGGUGAUUUGGGUGGGAGCUCUACUGGUAUUAGUGGAGUUAAUCCAGGAGGAGAGGAAAUGAGUGGCACCUGCAGCAGUAACAGCAGCAAUAGUGGGGGAAGUGCAGCUGGCAUCCCCCCUGGCACCACCUCUUCUUCAACAACAGCCACUACUAUGACCAGAGCUUGGGACAAUCAGAAAGGAGAAUGUGAAACAGGAGAGUGGGGUGGGGGAAUAGGAGGACAGGGAGGAUCUUCAUCCAGUGGUGGAAAUUCCAGAAGUGGGAGUGCACCCAACAGCAGUCAUGGCCGUUGUCGCCGCCAGACGCCUAAUGCUGAAGCUGCCUUACAGAACCUGCUCAGCCGGUCUGAUCUGGACCCACGGGUCCUGUCCAACACUGGCUGGGGCCAAACACAGAUCCAACAAAACACGCCCUGGGAUUUUGAAGAAGGACAAAGUAAAGGUAGAUUGUCAUCAGCUGUAUCAAAAUAUCCUUCUCAGUAUUCUGUUGGACCAAGGACCCUAGUCACUAAUUCCAUGGGUGCAAGAGUCAGUCCUUCCCUGAUUCCAUCUGCUGGGUCCUCUGGGGAGGGCUGGGAGAGUAGCAGCAACAGUAGCAGUAGUGGGGCUUCAUUGUCUGGGCGAGCCCCACCAUCUUCAGCCCCCAACAUGAGGAAUCUUGGCAUCUCACAAUCUGGACCAGUGACCACAACAGGACCAGUUAUGAGGUCAGGGCUAAUAACAGGACAUAACCAGCAGGGGAAGGCUUCAGUUUGGAGUGGAGGAGGGGUGGGGGCUGUGGAUGAGGGUUGGGGAAAUGAUGAAUGGAGGGACAAUAGUAUAGGUGGAAAUGAACGAGGGUGGGGUGAUCUUCAGCAACAGGGUGACCCAGUGAGUGGAGGCUGGGGAGAAAGUCAGAAGGAGAAAGGGACGGGGGGUUGGAAUGAAAGGGGUGGGAAUGGGGGAGGAAGUGGGUGGGGUUCAGGGCAGAAAGUUGGGGCAGGUAGGGACUGGGGAGAGGAAGAGUCCAAAUCAAAUAGUGGAGGUAGUGGAUGGGGGGAUGAAAGGAAGAACAGAGGAGGAAACUCAGGUGGGGAUUCAGCUGUGGGUGGUUGGGGAAGCUGGGAUGAUGCUGCUCCCCGGAGAACCUGGGGUGCAGGGGGCACAGGGGGAGGAGGGAGUGGAGGAGGGGCGAUGGGUGUUAUGGGCACAGGAUCCAAACCCCACCAAAGUUGGAGUGGAGGAAACAAAAUGCACCAGAUGCCAAACAGCCAGUCGGGCUCCAUCACAGGCCCACAGGCACAACAGCAACAAUCACAGCCCCGCAAUCAGCAUCCACAGCUACAGCAAGCGUUGGACCAAGGGGUUAUGCAAGGGGGUGGGUUGAGGAAACCCAUCCCUCAAGCCCAGAAUCAGAACCAAAGCUCAGGCUGGCCCUUGGGGCCUGUCCCUGGUUGUCCCGGUGGAAGUGGAAGUGCAUCUGAACCAAGCGGCUGGGAGGAACCCUCGCCGCAGUCUAUAAGCAGGAAGAAUGAGAUAGAUGACGGAACAUCAGCAUGGGGAGACCCAACUCAUUACAACUACAAGCAGGUCAACCUGUGGGAUAAGAACAGUACCCCUGCUGGCCAGCAGCCUCAGGGUCAGGCCCAGCAGCAGCAACAGCAGGGACCUCCAGUACAGCAGCAGUCUAAUAGACAAGCUGCAGGGCUCGGAGGUAACCGAGACUUCAACACCGGCCAUGGACCUGGAAAAGCAUCAUCUCUGGGUCCGUCAGGUUGGGGUGGUACUUCUCCAACUAGUCCUACAGUAGACAAUGGCACGACAGCUUGGGGAAAGCCUAGUGAUACCCCUACUGGCUGGGGAGACCCUGAUAAUGCUGGAGGGAAGACAACAGGCUGGGGAAACCCUUCUCUCAACCUAAUCAAAUCUGGUUCAAAGUCUAUGCAAGAUGGUUGGGGGGAGAAAGAGGGCUCUGUGGCAGCAUCACGUCACUCGAGCUGGGAGGAUGAAGAGGAGGCAAGCGGCAUGUGGAACAGCACUGGCUCCCAGGGAAGCGGCUCAUCCUGGGGACAGGGAAGCAAUGGGGGCUGGGGACAGAGCCACACUGGGAAGAAGCCCAGCAGCAAGGGUCCACUGAAGACUGGUGGAGGAGACUCAUGGAUGAGCCCUAUCAGCAGACAGUUCUCUAACAUGGGGCUACUGAAUGAUGAUCCCAGCAGCCCAAACAUUGACCUGGCUCCCGGAUCUCUCCAAGAGAAGAAGAUGGAGGCAGAGAAAAGAGCCAUGGGAAUGAAUGAUUACAAUGGAGACAUGCGAAAAGUAGGAAGAGGAGGAGGGGGCAUGUCUUAUCGGCCACCUGGUCCCAAAGAGACAGCACCUGCAGAUGCUGGGUCCUACUAUGACAAGGAUGGGUGCCUUGGGGAAGAGGGUCCUUGCUCUCUGUACUCACCACCCACAGUCUACAAGCCCCAUUCCCUCUUCAACCACACUAUCCCCUUUAGACAAGGAAGUCAUACUAUCUUUGGUAGUGGUGGAGGGAUGGCUCAGUCAAGACAUCAGCCGAGUGUCCCACCCAUAAACCAGUCCCCAGGGAUACGAGCGCAAGUGCCUCAUCAGUUCCUGUCACCACAGGUGCCAGGCUCUGUGCUGAAGCAGGUGCCACCUCCCAGUGGGAGUGUGGGGGGUGUUGGCAGCGUGGGAGGAGUGGCAGGAGCCGGGGGAGGUGUGUUCCCUCCGCAGCUGUCCCCCCAGCAUAUUGCCAUGCUCAGCAGCAUCUACCCACCUCACAUCCAGUUUCAGCUGGCUUGUCAGCUCCUCCUCCAGCAGCAGCAGCAGCCGCAACAACAACAGCAGCAACAGCAGCUACUGCAAAACCAGAGAAAGUUCAUGCCGAAUUUGCGGCAGCAGGCUGACCCUCAGCAGUUGGCCAGGAUUAUGGCAGUGCUCCAGCAGCAGAGACAGCAGCAGCAGGCUGGGGUUUUAGGUGGCAGCUCCAAACUCUCCCCCUCCCACCAUGGUGGAGGUGGGGGAGGGGGUCCCAAACUGCCCGGCCCUGAUUCCUUGCCCCACUCAGGCCUGGCAGGAUCUGUGGCUGACUUGCACCAGAAAACUCUUGGACCGUACUCUGCGUUUGGUUCUGGGAUGAGUCUCUCAAGUGUGGACAUGGGUGGCUCUGUGGUGGGGGCACCUGGGGGCAUGAAGGACCUUGGGGGUCAGCAGUCCCGCUUCAAAUGGAUGAUGGAGGGCCACUCUUCACCAGAUACAUCCUCACCUGAAAAUGCAUUCCACAAAAACGGUCCUAUCACCCCCAUAAAGAUGCUAGGGGGCUCACCCUACUCUCAGUACGACAUGAUGGUUGGAGAUGGUUUCGGUGACAAUUGGCAUCGCACCCCUGGCAAGAUGGUUACCAAGCCUACCACCACGCCCAGCUGGCCCCCUGAGUUCCAGCCUGGUGUGCCCUGGAAGGGCAUUGACCGUGUCGACCCUAAAUCUGACCCCUACAUGACCCCAGGGAGCAUGAUGGGAAAUGCGGUAUCUCCUAGUCUCAAUGAUACUGAGCACCAGUUAUUGCAAGACAAUACUGACGCCACCCCUCCCCUCAACACCUUGCUGCCUUCACCUGGUGCCUGGCCCUACAGUGCCUCAGACAGUCCCGUCAAUGCACACAACUCAGCAAAGUACACAGACUACAAGACCAGCUGGCCCCCAGAGCCCAUCGGACACAAGUCCUCAUGGAAAGCCAACCGUGGCAGCAGCCAGACCCAGCUGUCCCGCCCACCUCCAGGGCUAGCCAGUCAAAAGCAGCCAUCACCUUCCCCUUGGUCAGGAGGAACCCCUCGAUUUGCUGGCCGAGGCUGGGGUGCUGGCUCGAGCACCACUGGGUCGACCUGGAGUGACUGCAGCUCUCGGGAAAGCUGCUGGUUGGUGCUCAGUAACCUCACACCACAGAUUGAUGGCUCCACUCUGAGGACCAUCUGCAUGCAGCACGGCCCCCUGCUGACCUUUCACCUUGGCUUGACCCAGGGCACUGCUCUGAUUCGCUAUGGCUCCAAACAGGAGGCAGCCAAGGCCCAGAGUGCACUCCACAUGUGUGUUCUGGGCAACACCACCAUCUUGGCAGAGUUUGUGAGCGAGGAGGAUGUGGCUCGCUACAUUGCACAUUCCCAGGCUGGAGGAGCAGGGAGUGGAGGAACCACACCUGGUUCUGCAGGCUCAGGGGCUACAGCAACAUCUGUGGUGGGGCCUAGCAGUAAUGGAGGGAGCUGCGAAAGAGGUGGAGCAGGAGGCAGCAGUGGGGGAGGAGUAGUUGAAGGAAGUUCCACAGCUGGAGGAGCAGGAAAUGGGGCUACCAGCUCUGGGUGGCAGAGUCUGGACAGCACAGGCAGCACAUCAGACCAGUCUGCCACCUCUGGGUCCGGUCUGGGCAUCUUUGCCCAGUGGAGCAGUAAUGGAACCGGUGUGGGUGGGGCUGGAGGUGCAGAGGCCGGAAGCCAGGGUCUUUGGAGGGGGAUAAGUGGAAUGAGCGUGGCGGGGUACCCCAGUAGUAGCCUCUGGGCUUCUCCAGCACUGGAGGAUCGCCACCAGAUGGGCAGCCCUGCCUCACUGCUGCCAGGGGACCUGCUGGGUGGGGGGGCGGACUCCAUCUGAGUGUCAGACUGAUACACAAUUAUACAUUUUACACAUAAGUUCUAAUACAUAUGUCACUCCUUACUUUAUUUACAUGCACAGAUUACAUUAAAACUACACUGGUCAUCCAACACAGAUUCAUAUUCCACACAAGCUACAUGCACACAAUUUACAUUAAACCACUUAACUUUAAAUGAAGGCAACAGUAAAACUUGAACUGGUGGAAAAGGUGAAAUCCAUUAAACUCUUUAGGACUCAACUGGAUAGCUCUCUGUGUGUUACUCCAAAUCCCACCGUCUGCAUUCAGAGACCCAAACACUCAGGCAUGCACUGUAGAGAGGCUCAGCCAGAGUCGUACAUGUCAAGUUUAGCUAUUGCUGUUUUUAGUGUGCCACUUUUUUUUCUUUUGUAUUACUAUUUAAUAGUCAAAUCUCAAAAAUCAGACUUGCAGACUGAGCCCUUGUAGACCUGGCUGGCGAACCUCUGAGUUCUCACGUUUGGAAGCUUGAGAGUGGGGAAGGAUCUGGAGCUAGUACAAAAUCUGUGACGGCACCACACUACUGAGUCAAAUGGAUGAUCAGCGGCCUUUGAGAUCUGGAAAGGAGAGCGUUUUUAGUAGGUACUGACACCUCUACCUUGGUGGAAAUACGCCAUCAACAUUGGUACCCAGGGUAGGAAAAAAAAA